GAAUAAGAGGGAGAGAUGCAGAAAUCGUUCUCGUUGAUCCAAACGGUGGCAAUCUCCGGCGUAUUCUCCGCCGUCUCUUGCUGGUAUGGAUUCAUGUUCGGUAGAGAAUCCGCGAGAAAAGAGCUGGGCGGUUUGAUCGAAGAUCUCCGUCGCGGAGGUUCGGACUCUGGUUCUCCUCCCCAUUCUUGAGUUAGGUGACGACGAUGGCUCUUUUUGCACUCUUGUUUGAGCAAUUAUCAUUGUAUCUUUUGUUUGAGUUAUAUGAAACAUUUACUAUCAGUGUAAACCACAUUGAUUAAGAUCAUAAAGAUUGUAACACUGUACUCUCUCAUCUCCCAUGUUUAUUAUGUAUUAGACAUCAAGAACAUGAACUUUACAAUCAGGGCCGUUGAUUAUUUGAGACUAAAUGAUCAAUACAUAUUGUUAUUUGA